AAAUGCGGUAUGGAACGUUUGCAGACAAUACACUGAUGACAAACAAGCAAAUGACAAGAGAUUAAGUUUCCUACUGCUGAUGAUAAUGAUCUAUAGCGACCUUGACUUAGACGUUGAUACUGUACAAAUGGCAUCGGUCUGUGAGAGUCUUAAUAUACGAAAGUCAGACGAAUCGUUAUUUAAGACAGUGAUUGUGGAUGGACUAAACAAGGAUCAAAAGGACGCUCUUCUGGAUAACAUUCUGAAUUUCGCAAAAGCUGUAAAAAAAGAGAAAAGAGAAUAUCAUUGGGUCUUUUUAUUACCAUACAUUCAUGUUUUGUCUGGACUGUGUGAUCCAUAUGCUAAUGUAAAGAUGGAUUUAAGUUAUGAGACCGAUCAAUGGUGGGGGGUUUACGGUGGAAAGAUGAAAAUGAUGGUAAACACAACCGCUAAAAAUGAAGACCCGUGCUCUGAACCCAAUGCGAUAUCAAAUAUAUCAAGCAAGAUUUAUACUCUUUUUGAAUUUGACUAUUUACUGCCAAGAACUAUUCUGGCAUCACUUCAACUGCUCGAGUUAAAGGAGGCAAUAAAAACAAUGAAUUACCCUAUCUACACAUGUUUAGCUUCCAUCCUAACUCGUAUGAAGACAUUGUCACAUGAAAGAGGAGAUAAAACAGGAAAAGGGAAAAAGAUUGUCGGAGAAUGUGUAGAAGAUAUUCUGAAAUCAAUGAAGUCAGUCCCAUACAAGCAGCCGAUAAAGGAAAAGGAUUAUGCUACAUUGCUUGCAGGCGUUUUUGCUUCAUACCUUGUCGUAGAAUCUACACACGGAUAUACAAAAAAGAUUGUUUGUUGUUGUUGGGAAAUCUUCCUUUUAUGCAUUUCGACGUUUAACUCGUUGAUGAAUGCAUCAUCAGAUGGAACACACGAUGGUUGCUUUGCUUUGGUGAAGGAUACAAGUUGCAAAAUAAUCAACUGGAUGAACACACAAAACUUUUCAUUAAAAGAAGAAAUUGGUACAUGGAAUGCCUUGUUUCUAUCAGAAGAUACAUCAAUUUAUACAAACAAGGCCUUGGACGAUGCACUUACCGAGGCGGCAUUAAGAAAUUUGAAACGACGUUCU